CCACCACUACCGGCUCUCACUGCCCCUCCCGCUACCCUCACACCCGUGAGUCUCGCUUCUCUGCCGCGAUCGCGCAGGCUGGCGGAACGAGGCGUGCCCUGCGAGCACGUAGGGGGCGGCAGGGCAGGUGUUGUUGCUGCGGUCGGGCCACCAGUGGCGGCCACACGCGACAGUGCGCCGCCGUGCCGCAGGCAGUUGGCGAUGGAGAGACAGCGCCGCGCCUGGCGGGCUGCACAGGGCAGCCUCUGCGCCAGGCUCGCUGGCUUGUGAUGCAGGCUGUUCUCCGUGCUGCGCACGCUCUGGCGGAGACUCGCUGCUGCUCCUCUCGCACCGCGUUCUAUCGUGCAUUGCUGACGCAUCUCUCUUCCGCUCCUCUCUACUCCUCACCACCUCGCGCCAUCACGCUGCCCCUUGCAAAUUCGUACUUAUCGCACUGCAGCACCCCACCACCCCACCCCACACUUCGUCAUCAUGACCGACACCCGGGAGGACUCCGUCUACCUCGCCAAGCUCGCCGAGCAGGCUGAGCGCUACGAGGAGAUGGUCGAGAACAUGAAGCGCGUCGCUUCGUCCGACCAGGAGCUCACCGUCGAGGAGCGCAACCUGCUCUCCGUCGCCUACAAGAACGUCAUCGGUGCCCGCCGCGCCUCGUGGCGCAUUGUCUCCUCCAUCGAGCAGAAGGAGGAGAGCAAGGGCAACGAGUCGCAGGUCACGAUGAUCAAGAAGUACCGCGAGAAGAUCGAGGCCGAGCUGGCUCAGAUCUGCGAGGACAUCCUUGACGUUCUGGACAAGCACCUGAUCCCCUCGGCCGCCUCGGGCGAGAGCAAGGUGUUCUACCACAAGAUGAAGGGUGACUACCACCGCUACCUCGCCGAGUUCGCCACGGGCGACAAGCGCAAGGACUCCGCCGACAAGUCGCUCGAGGCCUACAAGGCUGCCUCGGACGUCGCCGUCACGGAGCUGCCGCCCACGCACCCCAUCCGCCUCGGCCUGGCCCUCAACUUCUCGGUCUUCUACUACGAGAUCCUGAACUCGCCCGACCGCGCGUGCCACCUCGCCAAGCAGGCCUUCGACGACGCCAUUGCCGAGCUCGACACGCUGUCCGAGGAGAGCUACAAGGACUCUACGCUCAUCAUGCAGCUGCUCAGAGAUAACCUGACGCUCUGGACCUCGGACAUGGCCGAGGCCACCGAGUCGAAGCCCGAGGCCACCGAGGCACCUGCCGCGGCUGAGGCCAAGGACGAGACGGCGGCUUAAAGCGAAGCGCGCUGCGUCGUCGGUCCCUUCUUCACUCAGUCCAGUCACGCCCUCCACACAAGCAAAGGCACGCUUCCCUUUCCACCCGCUGCGGUCGGCCUCUGUGCUGCUCGACGCUCUCCAUCCCGUCCCUCAGUCCUCAUAUCCAAUCGUCGUCUCUCCCCACUCGCGAUGCUGUUCGCCGCGCCAGGCUGUACCCCUCGCCGUGCGGACGGUGCUCCCAACCUCCUGUUGUCCUGUCUUGUGUGCUAGAGUAGCUGCGUUCGGCUCUUGAAGGCACUCGUUGCG